CCACGUUCUACAUGACGUAGCAGGAGGCGUGGCCCCGGUGGGAGGCGUCAUAGCUAAUCGUUGGAAGACAGGAACCACACGGCAGCUCAUAUUAAUGCUCAUAACGCCAGCGGGAGGCUUGCAGAGAGAGGUAAUCCAACUCGUUAUCCAUCAUGGACCCAAACAGCAGCGGACUCGCGCAGAAGUUGGCCGAGGCGGGCCAGUCUCACCUCCUGCAGUUCUGGAAGGAGCUGAGCCCUGAGGACCAGCGGGACCUUCUCCAGGAGCUCCAGGGGAUCGACUUCCAGGAGAUCAACGGAUUCUUCAAGAGCGCCAUGGAGACGUCCAGCAGCAGCAGACACGAGAAGAUGGACGCCCGCAUGGAGCCGGUCCCCAGGGAGGUGCUCGGGAGCGUGACGCGAGACAGGGAGAGUCUGAAAGACUGGGAGGUCAAAGGUCUGGACUGCAUCGCUCAGAGUAAAGUGGCUGUCCUGCUGUUGGCGGGCGGUCAGGGAACCAGACUCGGGGUCUCUUACCCCAAAGGCAUGUACGACGUCGGGCUGCCGUCCCACAAAACUCUCUUUCAGAUCCAAGCAGAGCGCAUUUUGAAGCUGCAGCAGCUGGCAGAGCGAAAGACUACAGCCAAGUGCUGUAUUCCCUGGUACAUCAUGACCAGCGGCAGGACGAUGGAUUCCACCAAGGACUUCUUCUCACAGCACAAGUACUUUGGCUUGGACAAGAACGAUGUGAUCUUCUUCCAGCAGGGCAUGCUGCCAGCAAUGGACUACAGUGGGAAGAUCAUCCUGGAGAGCAAAGGGAAGCUGUCCAUGGCUCCUGAUGGAAACGGGGGUCUUUACAGAGCUCUUGGGAACCAGGGAGUCCUGGAUGACAUGCAGCGGAGGGGAAUCGAGUUCAUUCACGUGUACUGCGUGGACAACGUCCUGGUCAAAGUGGCCGAUCCCACGUUUGUUGGGUUCUGCGUGCAGAAGGGAGCGGACUGUGGAGCGAAGGUGGUGGAGAAAACCAAUCCGACUGAGGCCGUGGGCGUCGUCUGCAAGGUGGACGGACGUUAUCAGGUGGUGGAGUACAGCGAGAUCACCCUGGCAACAGCCGAGAAGCGCAGCUCGGACGGCCGCCUGCUGUUCAACGCGGGCAACGUGGCCAACCACUUCUUCAGCUUCCCGUUCCUGCGGGAUGUUGUGCAGAAGUAUGAGCCACAGCUGCAGCACCACGUCGCCCAGAAGAAGAUCCCAUACGUGGACCCGCAGGGUCGGCUCGUCAAGCCAGACAAACCGAAUGGGAUUAAAAUGGAAAAGUUUGUCUUCGACAUCUUCCAGUUCGCAAAGACGUUCGCGGUGUACGAGGUGCUGCGGGAGGACGAGUUCUCCCCGCUGAAGAACGCCGACACUCAGGACGGGAAGGACACGCCCACCACCGCCAGGCACGCCCUCAUGUCCCUGCACCACCGCUGGGUGCUCAACGCCGGCGGCCACUUCAUCGACGAGAACGGCACGCGCGUGCCCGCCAUUCCCAGAGACGGAGCGGAAGGCAGUGUCACAGAUGAUGGCAGCAGAAACCUGAAGGAUGGAACAGACCUGCCGAUCAAAUGCGAGAUCUCUCCGCUGGUGUCCUACGGGGGGGAGGGUCUCGAGGAGCUGGUGAAGGGACGCGAGUUCCAGGCGACGCUGAUGAUCGACGAGCGCGGCGUCCACGAGCUGGUGAGGAACGGAGUUUGAUGCGCCGGGGGAGAGACGCAGGAGAACCACCCAAAGACCAUCUCAUGCACUCUGUUCUCCUGCGCGCUCCGUGGGGAGAAACUGUGACGUUGUCGUCGUCGCCGUGCAAUAACAAACAUCCCCCCCCCCCUCCAGCGUUGAGGCGACCGUACUGUCUGACGUGAACGAGCCUGAUGAAGUACGCCGUUUACCCUGUAGCACCAACUGUCCUUUCAGUUUCCUAUGCUGAUACGAUGUCAUACCUUGUCCAUUUUUUGUUUGUUUGUGUCACAGAGCACUUGAACACGCGUUGAAAUUAUGAAUGAAAUCAUUACUGACUGGACGACGCAUUCAGCAAAUGCGUCUAUUUAUUUCGCUUCUGAGACUUAUUUUUGUAUGUCCUGACGGAUGCUGUUUUAGAUGGAGUUUUCCAUCUAUUUAACUUGUAAUUUUUCUACAUGAAUAGAGUGCGAUGAAGUAAUCCAUACAUGUCAGGAUAUAUGGAUCGGGAUGUGGGGGGUAUUUAUAAUAGCUGCUUCUUUUGGUUAUGUAAUCAUUACAGAUAAGACACAAUGGUUUCUAUGAUCUUUUACUAAAUAAAUUUCCUACCUGGAAAUCAAAUGAG